AACUGGGAUUUUGGUAAUGAUGUGCCAGACUUUUUUUUUAAGGGGAAAUGUACUUACUGAUAUAAGUUUUCCCAGAAAAUAAUAAUGGAUCUUAAUGAAAAUUGUAGUACUUUUUCAACUCACAUUUCAUCAACUCUCUUGGCAAUGUCUAUAAGAACUAUUAGUCUUGGAGUGUGCAGUCCAAAACAAUGUUUUCUCCACAUUUGUGCUAAUGUGAAACAGAGAUUACACAAAUGCACACAUAAAGGUGCUGGAUAGGAGUGAAAUAGCGUACCAUCCUCUUCUUUUUUAUCUUCUUUGACAUUCUAAUUUUUCUCCCUCUUCCUUUUUUAAUUGUCAUUUGAUAUUCUAACAGUGGGGACGACCCAGAGUUUCAUCAGACAUGUCUGUGAGGGAGUCUUUUAACCCUGAAAGCUAUGAGCUGGACAAGAACUUCAGGCUCACACGCUUUGCCGAGCUCAAGGGCACAGGCUGCAAGGUCCCCCAGGAUGUCCUACAGAAGCUAUUAGAAACCUUACAGGAGAAUCACUAUCAAGAGGAUGAGCAGUUCCUGGGGGCAGUUAUGCCUCGAUUAGGUAUGGACACCUGUGUGAUCCCUCUCAGACAUGGUGGGCUCUCUUUGGUCCAGACAACAGAUUACAUAUACCCCAUCGUGGAUGACCCCUACAUGAUGGGACGAAUUGCUUGUGCCAACGUUCUAAGUGACCUGUAUGCCAUGGGAGUGACAGAGUGUGACAACAUGUUGAUGCUUCUGGGAGUCAGCAACAAAAUGUCAGAGAAAGAGAGAGACAAAGUUAUGCCACUGAUCAUUCAGGGAUUCAAAGAUGCAUCAGAGGAGGCCGGCACAUCCGUAACGGGAGGCCAAACGGUGCUCAACCCCUGGGUUGUGAUGGGAGGAGUCGCCACAACAGUUUGCCAGCCCAACGAGUUUAUAAUGCCAGACAACGCAGUGCCAGGAGACGUGUUAGUGUUGACCAAGCCCCUUGGAACACAAGUGGCCGUUGCAGUGCACCAGUGGUUAGAUAUUCCUGAGAAAUGGAACAAGAUAAAGCUGGUGGUAACCCAGGAAGAUGUAGAGCUAGCGUACCAUGAAGCCAUGAUGAACAUGGCCCGGCUCAACAGGACAGCUGCCGGUCUCAUGCACACCUUCAACGCCCACGCUGCCACCGACAUCACGGGGUUUGGCAUCCUCGGCCACGCACAGACGUUGGCACGACAACAGCGGAGUGAGGUGUCAUUCGUGAUCCACAACCUUCCAGUGCUCGCCAAGAUGGCAGCGGUGUCCAAGGCCUGUGGAAACAUGUUUGGACUCAUGCAUGGCACCUGUCCAGAAACAUCAGGAGGCCUCCUUAUCUGUUUGCCCCGGGAGCAGGCCGCCCGCUUCUGUGCCGAGAUCAAAUCCCCAAAAUACGGCGAGGGCCACCAAGCGUGGAUCAUCGGGAUUGUUGAGAAAGGAAACCGCACUGCUCGCAUCAUCGACAAGCCGCGAAUCAUAGAGGUGGCACCACAAGCAGCCACACAGAAUGUCAACCCAACACCUGGUGCAACUUCUUAACCUCCCGUCUGCUGCGUCAUAGACCUGAACCCAACCGCUCUGUCAAGAGAUUUUAGACACAUAAACCGCAAAACCAUCCUAGAGUGUUGAAACAUAUACACAAGAUAGCGAGUACACAGCAAAGACUGGGUUGGUGUGCAUCAGCGGGGAAAGGGCUCCACACAGUGGCCUCGGGGGCACGGCGCCACCCAGUGGACUCAACCUGCAGUGUCCCCCAUGAUCAGAAAUUGGCGACAAAUAGAGACAACUUAUAAUCCAUUUGCCUUUUGUGUCUGUUAUGUUAAAAGUGUUUGACAGGCAGCUUCUGAUAAGAGAGCGAUGAUGAAGACAAUAAUCUCAAAUGGCUGAUUCAUUUUGAAUCUUAGGAAGUCUGGAGUCUGUUGCCUCUGUCUCUUUUAAAAUGGCUCUCAUCAAACAAGCACACUGUGUAUUGGUGUUUUUGUUUGUUGUCCAUUCACUUUGUACAGUUUAAAAGCCUAGUUUUAGUUUGUUGCUGUAUCUGAUGCCUCGAAAGACAUAGUGUGACCAGAAUGGCUUGUUUUUUUAUUCCUUUGACUUUUUGUAAUGUCCCCACAUAAACUAAUAAAUAUUCAAAUUGAAUUGGUUUGUACUCAGUACUUCUAAAACAUGCGGUUUAAAGCAAUCCUGCUCCUCAACAUUUUUUCAUACAUUGAUGACAGUAUCAUAAAUGAGUUUAAUCUGCACAGCUCUCA